AUCUACACGUGGAGUGAAAAGCUACAGAAAAAACCAUACACUGAAAAUUUUAUACUUUGUACUCAACAUGAGGAACCUGGUUGGUACCAAUCUCACCACUGUGCCCUCACAAGCCGGACAGCUCUCCGUCCUCCACCAGUUCUGUGUGGAUGCCGACAAGCUGUGCGUGUGGCUGGCUGCAGACAAUGAGCUCUGCUGUAUAGAGGAAAAUGGAAGGUUUAUGAACAUGGCACCUCUCUCAAGUCACCUGACACCCGGGGACACAGUCAUAGCAAUGGAAUUCGUGCCAGAUCUUGAAUCUGUAUGUCUGGCACUGUCGAGUGGUGACAUCCUUAUGUAUAACACGAUGUCAUGUGACCUGGAGUGUGUGGGCGGGGUGGAUGCUGGUCUGGCCGGUAUGAGCUGGAGCCCUGAUCAAGACGUUGUCAUUUUGGUUACAAAGGAUGACAAAUUAGUCCUCAUGACGAUGGAUUUCGACUCAAUUGUGGAAACCACUCUUCAUCCUGAAGACUUCGGUGAAUCUCAGCCGGUGACAGUCGGGUGGGGGAAGAAGGAGACACAGUUCCAUGGCUCUCAGGGGAAGCCAAAACCUCAGGCAGCUCAAAAACCGGAAGUGGCUCCUGCCCUGAGCUGGGACGAUGGGAGAACAAGAGUUAGUUGGCGUGGUGAUGGAGAGUAUUUUGUGGUGAGCUGUAUCGAUUCGGCCAGCGGAGCACGGAGGAUUCGUGUCUAUAACAGAAUGUGUGUGCUGCAAGCCACCAGUGACAACUGUAACGGCCUGGGGCAAUGUCUACAUUGGAGGCCCAGUGGUAAUCUGAUAGCAUCGUCUCAAAUGAAGCCUCAUCGACAAGACAUCGUGUUCUUUGAGCGCAACGGCCUUCAGCAUGGGGAAUUCCCCCUACAGGAAGGGGCGUGGCUUGUACAGGAGGUGUGCUGGAACAAUGACUCAAGUGUGCUGGCAGUGUUACUGAAAAAUGGAGACAGUGAUCAACAAGCAACUCACACUACCAAAGUUCAGUUGUGGACGGUGGGUAAUUAUCAUUGGUAUCUGAAGCAAGAGAUCAGGGUCAAAAGGUCAAAGAAAACCACACCCACAGGCGAUCUGGUUGGCAUUGUGUGGGAUCCAAUUAAGCCACUGAGACUUCACAUGCUCACUACAGAUGGAGACUACUGGUGCUAUAACUGGCGUUGGUGCGUGGACACAAGCCACACCCACUCCCCUCAAAACUCCGCCCCUGUCGCCGUUAUCGACGGAGCCUGUAUUCUCCUCACCUCGUUCCGUUUCAGUGUGAUACCACCUCCUAUGGCUUCACACAAAAUCUCCAUGACGACACCUGUGACGUCCGUCUCAUUUGCCCCAUCCCCUAUGAGCAACAAUUUCCUCGCUCUACUGGCAGAUGGUUCUGUAGCUGUGUUUGGCUGUGACGAGAAAGCAGCUGUUUCAAAGGACACACUUGGUUUUCGGCAGUUAAAUGAGUGUCCGAAACUUGUUGGUAUGGCUACGGUGGAUGUGGAGUGUGUGAGAUGUGUGGCUUGGUGGAAGCCAGACAAGCUAUUGGCCGUUGGCAGGAAAGAAGGACAAGAAGUUAUUGUGGAAUGUAACCUCUCAUUGGGGUCAGAGGUCAACAUCAGUGUCAACUAUAGAGUGCCCUCCCCCUCCCCUGUAUUCUCACUCUGUGUCAACCCUAACACCGGCUCAGCCAUUGCACAGCUGGCAGACGGUAAGGGAUUGCUAUGGAUACGAUCAGAUGGGUCCUCCCUCAAUUUGGAGCCUGCUUCAAGAGUGCUUCCUGACGGCCAGACUUGCGAACAAAUUGCACUGGCUGUGUUUAACGGCGAGGAACGUGUAGUUGGUCUGAACGAGUUCUCGGGUGCUCUGUAUGUGGGCGGAGCAAAAGUGACCUCUGGAUGCACGUCGUUUGCCCUCCACAACGAGUUUCUGUUGCUAACGACCACUGCACAUGUACUCAGAUUUAUCAGUUUGACCUCUGAGCCCCAAGCUCUCCCUGACAUUUCUCAGUCGUCCCUGCAAGAUAAGUCAGUGCGAUCUUUAGAGAGAGGCUCAAAGCUCGUGUGUGUGGUACCGUACGACAGCAGGGUGGUGUUGCAGAUGCCUCGAGGCAAUCUGGAGACCAUCUACCCUCGGGCGUUGGUACUGUCCAGUGUGCGUAGAGCUCUGGAUCGUAUCGACUACAAGAGUGCUUUUAUUGCCAUGAGAAAACAUCGAAUCAACCUCAACCUACUCCAUGAUCACAACCCUCAGGUGUUCAUGAAGCGUGUGGGUGACUUUGUAGAGCAGCUGGAGAGAGUGAACUUCAUCAAUCUGUUCCUAACUGAGCUCAAAGAAGAGGAUGUAACUACAACAAUGUACCUGAGACUAGCAGAGACGUAUUGUGAGGGUGGUGGAGUUAGUGACUCUCGUGAGGGUGGUGGAGUUAGUGACUCGUGUGAGGGUGGUGGGAGGAACAAAGUAGACAGUGUGUGUGCAGCUGUGAGGGGUGCUCUUGUUUCCAAGGGAACAAACAAAUACCUCCUUUCCAUCAUCACAACACAUGUACGAGAGACCACACCCAACUUGGAGGCUGUGUUGGCCAUUCUAAAGAACUUGAAAGCUCACACUGACAGGAGCUUGGCUGACGAGGCUGUCAAGUACGCCCUUCUCUUAGUGGACGUGAAUGAGCUGUACAACAUUGCCCUGGGCAUGUAUGACUUUGCCCUUGUGCUUCUGGUGGCGGAGAAGUCGCAAAAGGAUCCGAAAGAGUAUCUGCCGUUUUUGAAUGAGCUUCGAAAGUUGCCCGUCGACUACCAGCGCUAUAAAAUUGAUGUUUACUUACAGAGAUAUGGCAGAGCGCUGGAACAUAUUUGUAAAUGUGGUAGUGACAAGUUCUCAGAAUGUCUUGCGCUAAUUAGAACUCGUUCUCUCUACUCUCAAGCUCUCGCUAUCUACAGUGAUAUCACCUCAAGCGAAUACAAGGAGAUUGCUGCAAGUUACGGUGUUCACUUACGAAGCAAUGGAAAGCAUCGAGAAGCUGGACUCAUGUUUGCCCAGUGUGGGGAUUGUGAAGAAGCUCUCAAGUCGUUUGAGAAGUCUGGUGACUGGAGACAGGUGUUCCCACUCUCAGCACAGCUGCAGUACUCUCAACCAGACACAGCUGCACUAGCAAGAAGAAUCGCAAACCAUCUGAAGUCGGUCAAAAGGCACACUGAAGCUGCUCAAGUGCUACUGGACUAUGCAAGGGACGUAGUAGAGGGUGUGGUCACCCUGCUGGAGGGCAGCUGCUGGGAGGAAGCAUUGCGACUGGCCCACCUACACUGCCAAUCCAAUCUGGUCGAGAGCCAUAUCCGGCCGAGUGUUAUGGAGGCUGCAUCUUCACAGCUGGCUUUGUUUGAGACCAUGGAGACCACGUUUGUCCGACACACCUCACGGCUUGAGGUGGUGAGGAGAUUGAAGAGGGAGAAAGAGCAAGCUAUACUUGAGGGUACGUAUGUGGCUGACGAGAGAGAUGUUGAUCUUUUCUCCGACACGAGCAGUGUGACUGGUCGAUCAUCUGUGAGCUCCCUCCCCUCCAGUGUCCUCUCCAAAGCCUCAGGGAGGUCCUCAAAGAAUCGUCGCAAGGCUGAACGAAAGAAGCACAGUCUUAGAGAAGGAAGUACUCACGAGGAUGUGGCUCUGAUGGAAGCUCUCGCCGAGAUUGUCGGUACGGUUGACCGACUACAAGACAGCGUUUCUAGUCUACUGAGCAUGCUCGUACUGUUUGGCUUGAUGGAUACGGGGAGAGCGUUGCAGACGGUGUUUGAACGAUUAUUGGGUGUGGUCAAGAUGAGAGUGAAAGAGGUGUGGUCACCUGCUGUGAAGUUGGAGAGCAAGGAAAACACAACACAGGGUGUGAUUGGACCUGCUGCAACAGUGAACAGUAUAGUAGCUGCAAUGCAAUCUUCAUCUAAAGAGGACAAUUCUUCCAUUGGUGUGUCAUCAUCGCCUCAACUGAGAAACAAUGUGAACUGGAAACUUGAUGUAUUUACUUAGCCAAUUAUUGUGAACUGUUUAUUACAUAAAUCAUGUUGCUUCUCCAUAAGUUAAA